ACAGAGCAAAAUGCUAGGUCGCCGUGUGCUUUGGCUGGUGAGAACAAAAUGAACUCCGGUGGGGUGAACGAUGGGACGUAUAGCGUUAACGAAUCUCUGGAAAUGCAACCGAAAUGCACGUGUGAUCACCGCGAUGUAAUAUUACCGGCACUCAGGUUUAAACCCAGUCACGGAAUUCAUGUAAAAACGGAGCCGUCUGACAGUAUACAAGCGGAUAGUUUAAGUGUGCCGAGCCCUAUCACAGGACAACAUGAACGGCCGAACAGGUUUGCAGAAAUAGCCCGUGAUUCCGUCCUUGUCAACGGAGCGAUUGCACGGUUCCGUCAUUUACGUAGUCCAGAGACAACAACACAUAUUGAUAACGACAUGAAAGACAAUAAUUCCCAAGGCCCACAGCAUCACUACCAUCUAAAUCGUCCGCAUUUUCAACCACAAGAUAAGAAACCAUCGGCGACGGAUGCGCAGAGACGGCGAUCGAGAUCAAACGCGAGCAACCACCAUGUAAGUUACAGGCUUGGAUUACGGAGAACUCUAUUUGAGAAAAGGAAAAGACUUAGCGAUUAUGCGCUAAUAAUAGGAAUGUUUGGAAUUGUGGUCAUGAUCGUGGAAACAGAACUAUCGUUUUUUGUGUAUAGCAAGGACGCCGUUUAUUCAGUAGCUUUAAAGUCGUUGAUCAGUUUGUCUUCAAUUGUACUGCUCGGCCUUAUCGUUGCUUAUCAUGCCCGAGAAAUACAGCUAUUUUUAGUAGAUAAUUGUGCCGACGACUGGAGGAUAGCAAUGACGUGGCAGCGUAAUACACUCAUAACUAUGGAGUUGGUAGUAUGUGCAAUCCAUCCCAUACCCGGUCAUUACACCUUCCAAUGGACAACUUUUUAUGCCUAUACACGGGAACCACUUGUGGCUACGGCUGAUUUGGAUAUUAUUCUCUCAAUACCGAUGUUCCUCAGGCUCUAUCUAAUUUGUAGAGUGAUGCUGUUACAUAGUAAAUUAUUUACAGACGCUUCGUCAAGAAGCAUAGGUGCACUAAAUCGAAUCAAUUUUAAUACACGAUUUGUGUUGAAGACUUUAAUGACCAUCUGCCCCGGGACAGUGCUUCUAGUGUUUACGGUUACAUUGUGGAUGAUAGCCAGCUGGACGCUUCGAGUUUGUGAACGUUACCAUGAUGCGCACAAUGGCGAGAUGCUGAACGCUAUGUGGAUGAUUUCAAUAACGUUUCUUUCUAUUGGGUAUGGCGACAUGGUGCCGAAUACAUACUGUGGCAGGGGUGUAGCAGUUAUCACGGGGAUUAUGGGUGCUGGCUGCACGGCCCUUGUCGUGGCUGUUUUGGCCAGAAAACUGGAACUUACAAGAGCUGAAAAACAUGUUCACAAUUUUAUGAUGGACACGCAGCUCACAAAAAGGGUGAAAAACGCUGCUGCCAAUGUUCUACGUGAAACAUGGCUUAUUUACAAGUAUACCAAGUUAGCCAAGAAGGUGAACGCCAUGCGAGUGAGAUCUCAUCAACGGAAAUUCCUGAGUGCCAUCCACAAACUCCGAAAAACAAAGAUGGACCAGAGGAAGCUAGCAGACCAGGCGAAUACUCUAGUUGACAUGGCUAAAGUUUUGGAGACACAAACUUCCAUGUUCGAGUUGGUAUCAGAUUUACAUGGCUCCAAUGGUGAAUUAGAAGACAGAGUGGUAAGAAUCGAGGAGCAGCUAGAUAGAAUACAAACGCAGCUUGAUAGUUUACCCACGGUCUUGGCAGAAUGCCUCGCACGUCAGCAUCAACAAGAAGCCGAUUAUUAUGCCAGAACAGCGACACCAACGCCGAGACGUGGCUCUAGUGGUCGUAUUCGCCAACAGUCGCCACCCCGACGGAGGCUAGCUUCACCUGAACUUCAGCGUCAUUUACAUCCCCCAGUUACCCCUACUUCGUGAAUGUUAAUUAAUCUAAUAUAGUAUAAUAUUAUAGUCAGUUAGUUCAUAAUUAUUAGUAGUGUAAGUAUUGAUUGUAUGUAAAAAAAAUCGCUUUAGUAAUUAUGUAAAAACAACAUGUAAAUAUAAUAAGUACUAUUUUUAUGACAACUGACGUUUUCGAAAAUCUAUAAUAUUCACAAAAUCCAUUCUUUUUUGCGAAAUAUUUUCAUUUCUAUGUAUAUGAGAAAAACACUUUUUCUAGAAUUCUUGUAAAAAACACUCACGAUGUAUAUAAACAUUUUUUUUUUAUUUUCAUUUGUUAAAAAUAUGUUUUGAUGUUUCUAUAUUUUUGGGCAGUUGCAAUGUAUUGAACGCUUCAAUCGGGAUUCGAGUGAAUUGCCGCUCGUGUUAUGUAAUUGUGUAAAAUCUACUCCGUCGUCAGUGUUCAAUCUGUAUCAUACCGCCAUCAACGUGGAAAUGGGAAUUGCCGUCUUCCAUCACUGACUCUCUGUUUAAGUCAUAAUUUACUUCCAUGUCCGUUUCACACAUAACCCCUUGGUUUUUCCGUAGUGACAAAUCGUUGUUCUUUAUCGUAUCUCGCUUGAAACGUUACUAAUUCUAAAGUACAUGUUUUCAAUAUGUGAUAUUUUAUUGAAGAUUUUUGUCUUUUUACACCCGUUUUUUGUAAUGGUGGCACAUUCUGGAAGUUUUAAUCCAAUAACGAUGUGAGGUUAUCCCCUAACUUCAAGGGGAAACUAAUUUGACGAUUAAGUGUUGGUUAACAGUCGCAGAUUAUAAGAUUUAACUUUUUGACAAUUUGAAUCUUAAAGGUUUUCUAUUGUUCUCUUUUCAUUCUAUUCACCACAUUGUAUGAUACUCUUGACACUUUUCAGUUUUGAAUAAUGUCACGUGACUGGUUCCAGCCCUCCACGUUUUUUCAGUAUUACUGGCCGAAUUUCUAUAACUGUUCUGAUUACUGUAUGUUCUUCCAGAUGCGCCAACCACAGCACUAAAAUUAAUUUGUAUGGACAAACGUUUAAACAAAGAAAAAAAAAACUUAUCAAUUUUUUAUACAUAGUCAAUUGAAGUUACAAUGUGGCGUUGACUAUUUUGAUGUAUUUUGGUCAAACGCUGUAUUCUGUAUAAUCUGAACUUGUCCCCUUUUCAUUUUUGUCAUGACCACCUAUAUGCCAUGCCGAAUUAAGUCGACUUUAAUUUUUAAACUCAUAGUGUCGUAGCUGGCGCUUUUUACGACGCCUUCAUAAAAUGUUUAUCGUGGGUAUAAUAUGAGUGUACAGUGACCCGUCCAUGCGGCGUUAUUUACCAUGACGACACAUUGAACCCGUAUCGUGGAUGUCUGAACACUCGACCAGCCGCAAUAAUGGAUUCGCUGUAGCCAACAUGACUGCCAAAUCGGCAACUGAUCGUAGUAGGACGUGUAUGCUUGUUCGUUGUUUUAAAGUUUAACAGCUCUUUAAUUCGUGCCUUAUUCUAAAAAAAAUGGUUUUACAUUAUUUUAAAACGCGUACAGCAAUAACAUGAACUGCUGUUUGUUUUAUUCAGUGUUAUUAUUAGCAUGUCAAUUACAAGGUAAGGUUCAAUGAAAAAUGACAAUUACGUGGAUAAAUAAUAAACUGGGAAUGCAGUUCACUAAUAAUUUGCCUUUAGUUCAAAUCAAAGCUGUUUAUCCAAAUGUUGCUGAUAAGUUCAGAGACAUGUCAGCUUUUUGAUGUUGUUUAUAAAGUUUUAGAAAUGGAACAAAAACGUUCUAUGUAUAGCUAAUAUAUUCAAUGCACACAUUGUACAGCUAACGUGCGGGAUUUAAAUACGUUUUGUA